AUGGCUUCGCAUCUGACCCGGUCUCGCAAUCGAGGUGAAGGCCUCACGACGAGAUCCAGUGCGAAAAUCAACAUGGUCGCGUCCCCAAGACUGCAGCCGCAGCAGCAGUCCAAGUCCAACAUCGGUCGCAAGAAGAAACGCCCCCGGGAUCCCACCGAGAACGACGACGAGGACCCCUCGAUCUCGAUCGCGAAGAAGAAGGCACGCAUUGCCAUUGAGAUUAUUUCGCAGCCGCUUGCAAAGCCUCAGCCCAAGAUCCGGCCGCUCAUCGUCAGCAGCAGCAGCAGCAGCAGCAGCAGCAGCGGGACUGCGGACGAGCCCCCGGCUCAGCAACCCGCUGCACCAUCACCCUCCUCACCAUCACCCUCCUCACCACCAAAACAAAAGGAGACUGUCACGGCCGCCGCGGCCACGCAGACGGAAGCUGCAGCCCCUCCCGCCCCUCCGCCGCCCAAACCCAAACCUAAGAAUCACCACGAGAAAGCCGUCAAUGGGAUCAGGCACGAGCUCGAUCGGUUGCAGCCGAAUGCUGCAGAUCUCAAGGCAAAGGAUGAAAAGCGCAAGCUGCGGUCCCAGGAGAGCACACGGUUCAAGAGCGAAUUGUCGGCGUACUUUCCGGAAUACGACGAAGUCAUUGGAAAUGAGCCGAAGGAGGAGCAUAUUCUGGAUCUGGAUACCCCCAUCAUCAUCUAUGACAGCGCCAAGAGUUCGAAGCACCUCCCUCUACGAAGGCAAAACGAAUACUCCCUAAAAGAAUUUCCCGACUCUCUCUUCACAAGUCUGCACGCGGCACAGCGGGUCGAUUUCUCGUGGCUUGAUAAGAAUUACAAGGAGGAUGGUGGUGAGGAUCCGUUGCACGACGCGUAUUUUGAGUCCAUGCACCGAAGACCGGAGCGUCAAGAGAAGACGAUUCGAAAUACAGACAAGUGCCGGGCUCAACAUGAAAAGGACCAGGUUAUACGCAUCCUAGAAAGCCUACAAGGUCACGACUGGUUGAAGUUGAUGGGCGUCAGUGGCGUCACGGAGAGCAAGAAGAAGGAAUACGAGCCGGCACGCGACUACUUCAUCAAAGGAUGCGAAACUAUCCUCGAAAAGUUCCGGAUAUGGCGAGAGGAGGAGAAGCGAUUAAAGCUGGAGAAAGAGGCUGCAAUGGCUGAGGCGGAAGAAGCAGCCGCGGAAGAGAAGAAAGAGGAAGCCAAGCAAGAGGAUGGAACUAUGAGCGACGGCGACCCUCCCGACUAUUCGGACAUCGAUGCCUCCGCAGCUCGCCAACUGCACGAGGAAGCUGUGGCUCGCUCGGCACCUGUUGUAAGACAUUCGGAGAGAAGGGCAAAGGUCGAGCUGAUUCCACAAGGUGUCGGAGAGGUUGAUCGAGAGUUUAAGUCGUUCUACAAGAAUCCACACCUUCGAGAGGCAGCGAUGGGAAAGCACAGACGCAGUGGCAGAAGCGCCAUCGCAUGGGGAGCUGCGAUCCCAGAGUUUCCAGAAGCCGAUUUUGUUUUGCCUGAGCAGUAUCGGGAUGAGGAGACGCUGAAGGCAGCUGCGAGGAGGAAGCGCAGGGACAAGAGGGUCAACAAAUCAUGA